GAACCCCACUCCUGCCCCUAUUUAUCUGGAGCUGCACCACACCUUGCGGGUGUCAUCACCCACCCAGGGGGCAGAGCCAGUCGUACAGAGGAGGAGGAAGAGGAAAACCCCGAUGUGGCCAGCACCAUGACCUCAGUGACACUGGAGCUGGUUCCUCACUGCCUGGAUGUGUCCCAGUCAUCCUCCAAGGCUGGGGAAGGAUCAUCAGGAUACUUGGACAGGAUCCAGUACUCCACCAAGCGUCAGCCCGCAGGAGGCGAGGACUCGGUUGUGAUAUCCACAUCAGAACCGGCAGUGGACAUCCAUCGAGGGAACGCUCCAUUUGUCCUACCUUAAGGCUUUACAUUAGCCGCAAGGUUGCAGGUCACGGACAUCUAGCAUCAAUUGCCGCUUGUGAAUAACAACAUGGACACUGUUAUACUCUUGAUCUUAUAUUGUAUCCAGAUGACAUGGAGUCUGUUGUUCCUGGAAAAUGACUAUUGGAGGUGUACAGCUAUUGAUAAGCCAUUAAGUGAAUGGAACAUCCCAAAAACUUCCUCCAUGAUCACCAGAAGACAGGGGAAGAUACAUCUAGAACAAUUUAAAUCACAGGACCUAAUCAUGUAUGCAUUUAUGGCAGAGGGAAAGUGUUACUUUAAAGUCAUGGAUGAAAGAUCAGGGUAUCCAGAACUAACUUUUGCAUCUACUAAGCAGUCUAAGAAAAUCAUCUUGAGAACACUCAACUGGUUCGAUAUGGAUCUUAACCCCCAUGGAAGACGUGACUGAGGAGUAGACAUAGAGCAAGUUGGAUGCACAGAGAAACGACCAAUAAGGUGUCUUGUUAAUUGUAUACCGCUUAUCAGUAAACGGGACCAAACCAAAUGUGUGUUUAUGGACAUACUAAGUCCCACAGUCAUAAAGCUCGGACCUAUGAACAUCUCCAUUCAAAUAGUCAAUAUGGCAACAGGCAUGGAAAAAAGUGCCAGUAGUUAUUUAUAGCCCUAAUGGUCAGAAGAUCUCACCAAAUUCAUUGUGGAAUGCAUGGACAAACAGCCCAAUCCAGCACCCACCAUGAGUUGAUAUAUUGCAAGUGAGAAAACAGGAGGAAUAUGGUCGGCUAUGGAUACCAUGGUGACGUUGAAGUGAAAGCAGAAGCUUCAGGCAUCUGGAUUGUUAGGGGACCAUACGAAGUGGUAUACCAAUUAAAAAUCACGGUAGCUCAAUCACCUACUGUCACUAUUAUAGGCCCAUACGUAAUUAAAAGGGACAUUGCUAAAACGAUGAUGAUAGAACCGAAAUAGUCUGUAAAAAUGAUAGCUGAGCCUAUGCAAAUUACUACCAGCAAAGUCAAUCCAGAUUGUCAAUCCUAUGUUAUCCCUAUGUUGAAUGGGUGGAAUAGAUGAUUAAACACAUCCCAUACAAGAUGCACUGCUAGCUGUGGAUAAGCUGCAGUUGGAUAUUACUAGGCUGCUACCAUUAUGGAUUGCCAUUCAAGAAGCGGAUAAUUUACUUCUCUUACAGACCAUGGAUAAUAUACAGAGCAAUGUGUCACUCGCUCUAGCUUGUAUCCAAGCUCAAACAAUUCUGAUAGAUAUCGCCAAGGACAUCUUGCAUGACAGUGCUAGUGGAAAGGUACCUGUUGAACUUUCAAAAUUACUUCAGCCUCAUUUGAACGAGUUUGAAAGAAAUAAUCCUGAAUGGAGGUCGGUAAUUCACACCAAAUAUGAUUUGAAGGAAGAACAAAUGUCCAUCCUUAUGAUGCGAGAGGCGCUUAAGGAAUACAUAUAUCCUAUUAUACCUAUUGGGAUGUUUGUAAACCAUUCCUUGCUGCUUCCGUUGCCAGAUAGAUUAUGGGCAUAUGUAAAGGAAGAGGAUUCUACACUGAGAACUGUAAACCUACAGGCAUGUGUGAAGCAGGUCAGUCUUGGAUAUACAUGCACCACCGGGUUAUGGGAGAAUGAUCACAUCUGUUUUAAUCCUGAUUUUGGAAAGUGUCACUACGACCUGCAUCCCUCUAGUGAUAACGACAACCAUUCUGUCGUGGUUCAGAUAGCAGACGGGUGUAUAUGCAUUCGGAGUUUGUGCUCCCAUUUUAUGGUAAAUACAUAUUAUAAAGUAAUGAAUCUAGGUACUUCCAACCUAUGUUUAUGUAAGGUAUUUCACAUACAAGGAUGUGAUAUAGAGGUGACCUUGUCCGAACCAUCAGAGGAGCAAUAUACUAUUAAUUUGCAUAUGAUAAGAAAUAUCAAGCCUGUAGCAAUUGGUCCUAACUUAAACGCUAUGAAAUCUUUGUUCCAUCACACCGAGCUUAUUGGUCUAGUAAAGGAAAUAAAUGAAUUAGGAAAUAGGACUGGGAUAAUUAUACACCACACUGUUGACAAAAUCAGUGAAGAUAGAAAGAAUGCAAAGACGAAUCUAAAUAUAAAUGCAAAUACAGAUGUACCUGUACACCAUUGGUGGGAUGUAUUUUCUUUUUUAACGAGAUGUCACCGCUAAUUAGUUACCCCAUGAUCAUUAGUUUUGCGUUACAUUUUUGUGUCCUGAUAUACGUGACUGCACUGACUAUGGUUAUGUGUAAAAUGGCUAAGUAUGAAAAUCACAAGGCUAGGAAUACUUCUGUAUUAGAGAAGGAAACAGCUUGAUACUGUUAAUAAUGUUACCAUGUUGGGUACUUAUUUUGUAUUAUGUUGUAAUUGCAACUGUAAACUUUGGAGUGAUGGUAUGUAACAUGUUCAAGGAGGGGAACUGUUGCCUGGGCAUAAUACAUAAAAUACAAAAUGGAGU